AUGUCACUUAUAUGCAACCUUCCCAACCCACCCUUGCAUCCACCGCUCCUCUCUCCCGGGUUCGCUAUCGGUGCAUCCACCCUCUUCACCUUCACCUACGUCGCCUCCCUCUACCUCUCCCCCGCCGGACGGCUCGCCAACAAACCCGACCUCGAUGGAAGGAUCAUCGAUCGAGACCAUCCCAUCGUCAUCCGAGCUCGCAUCAAGACCGCAUCCUUCGCAACGGCUUUUACACUUCUGGCUACAGGUAUCGGGUUGUGGGUUAAAGGAGUGGUACCUCGUUCUGGGUGGUUGUUGGAUACGUUGAAUGUAGCAAGACUCUUGGGUCUACCGUUGCCGGUUCCUACAGUCUUGUCUUCUUCGACGUUGCCGUUCGAUCCACCUCUCUUGCAAUACGGCAGCAUCGUGGGGAAGCACAUCUUUGCACCACUGCUCUUGACACUAUCGCUGUUCCUAGGACCACUCUACGUAUCCUACCUCGAUCGCACACUGCCCUUCCAAUCCCGCUUUUCCUUUCAGCACGACGUAGUCUCCAAAUUCACCUCCCUCACCGGUGUGCGCAACUACACCGUCGGACCACUCACCGAGGAACUCGUCUUCCGAUCCUCCAUCCUAACACCCCUUUUCUUCGCCUCCAUCCCCACAUCCUCCCUCAUCUUCCUCACCCCUCUCCUUUUUGGUAUCGCACACCUCCACCACGCCUACAACAACUACCUCUCCGGUUACUCCCUUUCCAGAUCGCUUCUCGUAGCAACGCUUCAGUUCUCCUAUACGGGUGUAUUCGGUUGGUACGCCAACUUUUUAUUUUUACGAAGUGGCAGUGUUUUGCCGGGGAUAGUAGCUCAUGUGGUGUGCAACGUCAUGGGACUACCCGAACCGGUAGCAGCGGGGGAAAGACAUACCAAGAAACGUGGUUGGAUAUGGUUCGCACACGCCGUAGGAGUGGUAGCAUUUGCAAAGGCGUUGAUGCCGUUGACCAGCGAAAGGGUUUUCGGAGGUUCCUUGUAUUGGCGAUGA